AUGGCAGACCGCGGCAGCCGAUCAUCCGCGGAGGCUUCCAGGGACUCUCGUUCUAGCACAGAUUCACGCUCCCCAACUUCUAGCAAUACGCCUUUCCGUCUGGCCUCGAUAAGCCCGCUACAACCGCGCCAUAGCUUCGGUGAUUCGUUACGUGCUUCCCCAUCCUCUCCCAGAGCUCGCCGACAACCAUCACUAUCCCAAUCUGCAGUGCAAAGCCUCAUCGAUAAUCCGCCUUCCGGAAAUGCGGCAGAUCCGGCCUUUGCGGGCCGUGAUUGGACCCAGAUAUCGGUUGGCGAGCUGGUCACCCCGAGUGAUCUUCACUUUGUAGAAAUGGAUACGGGAAUCGAGGAGGCCACGAAUCCCAAAGAUAAAACUGCCAUUGGCACAUUCGAUUAUGCGGAUCUCAAUGCAUAUCUACUGCUUGUGGUAGGAUUGGUGCAACCAAGCGAGGAGCAUGUUGCGUCCAUGCGAGAGCUGGCGAGAAAAGCCAGAGAAGGGAAGGAAAUCCCGCUGAGAGACGUGAAAAACCUGGGCCUGAACGUACCCAUCACGAGCCUUACUCCCGGCGCCAGUCUGAUGAGAGCGGUUGAGACAUUUGGUGGUGGAGUUCAUCGGGUUAUCGUUGCGAAAGAAGAUACAAACGAGGUUGUGGGUAUCUUCAGCCAAUGGCGGCUUGUGAAGUUUCUGUGGGAAAACGGGCAGAGCUUUCCUGUCAUCGAUCAGCUGUAUCCGCGGUCUUUGGCAGAUCUGAGGAUAGGUUCGCAACAGGUAAUAUCGAUCAACGGAUACAAGCCACUAUCCGAAGCCUUGGAAUUGAUGAAUAGUGAAGGGAUCUCCUCAAUCGCAGUCGUCGACAACCAACUCAACGUCGUUGGAAACAUAUCUGUUGUUGAUGUGAAGCUACUCACCAAAUCAACAUCCCUUCCUCUCCUAAAUAACACUUGCAUACAUUUCAUCUCUGUUAUUCUAUCAACCCGCGGCAUGCAUGAGGGUAAAGACUCGUAUCCGGUUUUCCACGUUCACCCUCAAUCGACGUUAGCCCACACAGUGGCAAAGAUAGUCGCUACAAGAUCCCACAGGAUGUGGGUAACCGACCCUCAAUCGCCGGCAUCGUCAGGACCUUCCACUCCUUCCCACUCCGCCAUUCACAUCCCUUUGAACAGCCCAUCCGUCAUACCUCUGUCGCCCCAAUCGCCUCCUGCAGCUCCAUCUACGUCCUUGCUCACUCCGGGAACCUCGUCAAAUAAUACUUGGAGCCUCCCCCCUCCCACUACGCCGCACCUUGCGCAACCCUACCACUCGACGCUGAUAUCCCCCGCUGGCCCACCACAGUCGAUGUCCACAUCGAUUCCAGCCGCCUCGCUACCCGGUGCGAGGCUGUCUGGCCACCUCGUUGGCGUGGUAAGCCUAACUGACAUUCUCAACCUGUAUGCCCGUGCCAGCGGGCUAAGCCCCGCCGACCCGAGCAUAUACCGUAGUCAGCGAAGGCGAAGCAGUAGCUCGAGCCUAGGCAUACGGAAAAGUGGAGAUAUCGGGCGGGACAUCGGUAGGGAUGUCUGGAACCGUGGAAGCACUUAG